AUGGAAGAAGCUGGAGAACCACCAUCAAAUAACGCCAACUCAAAUGUGAUAGACGACGAGACAACUCGUUGUUCGGUCACUCAGCAAAGUAUGGAAGCCGAUGAGGCUGAUGCAAAUGGAGAAGCAGACCUGGAAAAUAAUUCAUUACAUCAACCUCUGUUAAAGAGAAACAGAACACUAUCUGCUAGUCACUUAGCUAUGGUGGGAGCAAAGGUUUCUUAUAUCGAAAGCCUUGAUUACGAGAUCAAUGAGAAUGAUCUGUUCCGGCAAGACUGGAGAAGUCGAUCUAAAAUUCAAGUAUUACAAUAUGUAUUCUUGAAAUGGAAACUUGCAUUUCUGGUGGGACUGUUAACUGGUCUUAUUGCUACACUUAUAAAUCUUGCAGUUGAGAAUAUUGCUGGAUACAAGUUGCUCCUAGUAUCUGGCUAUGUUGAGCAGAAGAGGUAUGUGAUGGGGUUGAUUAUUUUGACAGGGGCUAACUUUCUACUGACUCUGAGUGCUACAGUGUUAGUUGUUUUCUUUGCUCCCACUGCUGCUGGACCUGGUAUACCUGAAAUCAAAGCUUACCUUAAUGGUAUUGAUACUCCCAACAUGUAUGGGUUACCAACCUUGCUUGUUAAGAUAAUUGGGAGCAUUGGAGCAGUCUCUGCUGGCUUGGACCUCGGUAAAGAAGGGCCGUUAGUGCACAUUGGAACAUGCAUUGCAUCCUUGCUUGGCCAGGGUGGAACAGAAAAGCAUCGUGUUAAAUGGCGGUGGUAUCGCUACAUGAACAAUGACAGGGAUCGGAGAGAUUUAAUCACCUGCGGUUCUUCUGCAGGAGUGUGUGCAGCUUUUAGAUCCCCAGUGGGAGGUGUUCUCUUUGCUCUGGAAGAAGUGGCAACGUGGUGGAGGAGUGCGCUCCUUUGGAGAACCUUCUUUAGCACAGCAGUUGUGGUGGUAGUGCUCAGAGCUUUCAUUGAGUACUGCAGUUCUGGAAAAUGUGGACUUUUCGGCAAUGGAGGACUCAUCUUGUUUGAUGUGAGCAAUGUUACUGUGAGUUACCACCUAAUGGAUAUCUUCCCUGUCGCCCUCAUAGGACUCAUCGGUGGUGUUCUCGGAAGUCUUUACAACUAUGCCCUGCACAAAGUUCUCAGACUUUACAGUCUCAUCAACGAGAGGGGAAAGUUAGCAAAGAUCCUUCUAAGUCUUACGGUCUCAGUUUUUACCUCUGUAUGCAUGUAUGGCCUGCCGUUUCUUGUGAGUUGCACAAAAUGUGAUCCCUCCAUAUCAAAUUCCGUUUGCUCCACAACUGGAAGAACAGGAAAUUACAAGAGAUUCAACUGCCCAAAAGGCUAUUACAAUGACCUUGCCAGCUUACUCUUUUCCACAAACGAUGAUGCUGUUCGAAAUAUCUUCUCUACAAAUACCCCAGGAGAGUUUCACCCAGUCUCUCUGUUGAUAUACUUUGUGUUGUACUGUAUCCUGGGACUCUUUACCUUUGGAAUAGCUGUACCUUCUGGACUCUUCCUACCAAUCAUUCUCAUAGGUUCAGCAUACGGACGUUUGCUUGGCAUUGCUAUGGGAACUUACUCAAAGAUUGACAGAGGGCUUUAUGCAGUCCUAGGUGCAGCAUCUCUCAUGGCUGGCUCGAUGAGAAUGACUGUGUCACUUUGUGUGAUUUUCCUUGAACUAACCAACAACCUCUUGUUACUCCCCAUAACGAUGCUCGUGCUUCUCAUUGCAAAAUCAGUGGGAGAUUGCUUCAACCUCAGCAUCUAUGAGAUCAUACUAGAGCUAAAAGGCUUACCUUUCUUAGAUGCAAACCCUGAACCAUGGAUGAGGAAUAUCACUGUUGGAGAGCUUGCUGAUGUUAAGCCACCAUUAGUUACCCUUCGAGGAGUUGAAAAGGUAUCACGAAUUGUAGAUGUCCUGAAAAAUACUACACACAAUGGUUUCCCAGUCAUAGAUGAUCAUACAACAAUCCCAACAAGUGACGGUAUAAAGGCAAGAGAGCUGCAUGGGCUAAUUUUAAGAGCUCACCUCGUAGCUGUGCUGAAGAAAAAGUGGUUUCUGGAGCAGCCAAGAAAAACAGAGGAAUGGGAAGUGAGAGAGAAAUUUACCUGGGUUGAAUUAGCAGAAAGAGACCUCGACUUUGAACAAGUAGCCAUAACAAAGCAAGAAAUGGGGAUGUAUGUCGAUCUGCACCCUUUCACAAACAAAACUCCUUAUACCGUGAUAGAGGAUAUGUCAGCUGCAAAGGCAAUGGUAUUGUUCAGGCAGGUUGCACUUCGCCAUAUGCUCAUUGUACCAAAGUACCAAGGUGACGGGAUAUAUCCUGUAAUAGGAAUCUUAACAAGGCAAGAUUUAAGAGCCCACAAUAUUCAAACUGUGUUCCCUCAAGUAGCAAGAUCCAAAGGCAGAGAAAAGCAAAAAUGAGUUCUUACAAAUGCUCAGAUGUGCAGAGUUCGCCUCCUUAGAUCAAUAGAUUUGCAAUUGCAUUCUUUCCACAGUUCUCAAUUUUGCAUUCUUUUUUCUAAUACAACAUGUACAAGGUUGUAAAUUUCAAGGAACUGUCAUGAGUAUAGUUUGUGUAGGCUCCCCAAAUAAUACAUAUUAACUACCUAUAAAGGAAAGCAUUUACUACAAAA